AUGGUUUCCUCACACAACUCCGGCAGGUAUUCCAAGCUCGAAAGUAAGCUGGACACUGUGUCAGAGUCCGAAAUGGAUGCCGGUUGUGAAACCACAGAGUUCCUUCCCAAGGAUUCAGAGACUCUAUGGGAAGGCGCCGAAGUCGCCUCUGUCGAGUCCAAUACUCCUUCGGUGGCUUAUGAAGAUGCUGAAGAGUCUAGCCCGUAUAUAGAAGGCAGCUCCUCCAACUUGGCAUUCACUGGAGAGUCAAAUUCCACCAGUGAAAACAGACACGGUUCUGACCCAGUCACUGCGCCUUCGGCAGAUUUGGAAAGCCAGCUGCUGAAUGGUCUGGGCUUGUCGGCCCGCCAGCGGGCUCUCAACGUGAUCCAGUACAUUUUCCCUGUCAGACAGACAUACGAACGGCUCAGUAAUGGUAUUGCUACUGGUAGAAUGCAAGCCAAUACCCCAGGUCGGUUUGUGGGCCAGGGCACCGAUGGUGUAUUCCGCAAUCUCAUGGCAAAACCUGAUACCGAGGACAAUAGAAUCACCCAGGAGCAGCAUCCUCCGACUUAUGAGGAGGCCGCUGCCGAUGCCACCCCGGAGUACUGGGAAACCACCAUGAUCAGUCCUAUGUACGAGGACGAGGUGUUUGUCCAGGGCCUUCCCGUGGGUAAUGUGGCCAACUUUGUUUGGAAUGUGCUUGUUACAGUUGCAUUUCAACUUAUCGGCUUUAUUUUGUGCUACUUGUUGCACACUUCUCAUGCAGCCAAACAGGGAACACGUGGAGGACUUGGUAUCACACUUGUUAUGUAUGGAUACAGCAUUAUUCCCGCCAACUUCGGUCAUUCUGACCGGAUUCCCAUCAAAUUUGUGCCUGAUGAGCCCAACCUGAUCGAUAUUUCAGCUCUGACUUCGAUCAAAGGCGAACAUUUCGACACCUAUCUGCUGGGGUUACACCUGAACGACGACACAAGCACGCUCCUUGCGGCCACUAAGAAGCCCUAUUUUGCUUAUGGCUUGAUCGCACUUGGCAUAUUCAUUAUCAUCAAGUCCAUAGUGGACUUCUACAAGGUAAAACAGGUUGAAAAACUGAUAUUGGCUCCACAGCGUGCCCAGGAGGUCCACACGGUAACUGACAAUGUAAACGAGCAUGAGGGUCCUUAG